AUGGGCAAGCUGAUCACUAGGGACAGAUUAGUAAGAUGGAGGGUAACAAAUGACUUACAAUGUCCUUUGUGCAACGUCAAAGAGGAGAGCAUUGAGCAUCUAUUUUUCAAGUGCACAUAUGCAGAGUCCAUCUGGAGAAAACUACUACAAUGGAUGGGUAUUACAAGACAGGCCAUGGAGCGGAAACACGAGAUAGCUUGGGCAUAUUGCCAUGCAAAGGGUAGAUCAGCCAACGAUGAGAUAUACAGAAUGGCUUUAGCUGGCUGUGUCUACUAUGUAUGGCAGGAAAGAAAUCAGAGGAUCUUUAGGGCACAACAGCGACAACAAGGGAUGAUAGUCAAGCUGAUUAUCCAAAUGAUAUGUGGAAGAGGCCAUAUGCUGCCCAGACUCAGAAGAAGACUAGAAGAAGUAUUCAAGGCUACAAAGGUAAAGAACAUUAUCGAUGAGAAGCCAACUGAAGAGAAGAACGCAGAUGUCCAAGUCAAGAAGAAGAAGAAGAGCCAAUUAGUAGUAGUAAAAUCCUAUCAAUCCAUUUACUUUUUG